CCUAGUGGAGUGAUUUAUCAAACGCUUAGAUUCCGAAAGAGAGAGAGAGAGAGAGAGAGAGAGAGAGAGAGAGAGAGAGAGAGAGAUGGCAGACGUACCGAAGCCGAGGGAGGAGAGGGCGGUGUGCCUGAUCGGCGACGUCCAUGGGUACAUAUCGAAGCUGGAGCGGCUCUGGCGCAACCUGGAGUCGGCACUGGGCACCUCCUCCUUCGAGACCGCACUCAUCAUCUUCCUCGGCGACUAUUGUGACAGGGGUCCCGACACCUCACGCGUCAUCGACUUCCUCAUCUCCCUACCUUCCCGCUACCCGCGCCAGUCCCACGUCUUCCUCUGCGGCAACCACGACUUUGCCUUCGCCGCCUUCAUUGGCGCUCUCCCUCAGCACGUGCUGCCCGCCGGCGGGUUCCGCCAAACAUGGGACGAGUAUCUGCAAAACGAAGAGAGGGAAGGAUGGUACAAGGGAGAAGGAUACGAGGUGAUGCAUGUCCAAGCUAGGAGGUGGGCUGGCUCAAUCAAGGAGAAGCUCAACGCAAAGAAGGGUAUAAUUUACCAGGGAUCCAUCUAUGAUGCGGGAACGACUUUCAAGUCAUAUGGUGUUCCCCAUGGCCACCCAGAUUUGAUGAAAGCUGUUCCCAAGGAGCACAAGGAGUUUCUUGCUGACUUGGUUUGGGUACAUGAAGAGGAUAAUGUUUGCAUUCAGACCUCAGAGGGAUUGUCCUACCAUAAACUGAUAGCUGUUCAUGCUGGUUUGGUGACAAAACAGGACGUCGAAAGCCAGCUAAAAAUGCUGAGAUACAGGGAUACAAGUCAGCCUAAAGUGGCAAACCUUAGUGGCAGGAAAGAUGUUUGGGACAUUCCAAAGGCGCUGGCUGAUGAGAAGAUCAUAGAAGUCAGCGGUCAUCAUGGGGCCUUGCAUAUUGAUGGUCUUAGGCUGAUAAUUGAUGAAAGUGGUGGACUGAAGGAUUUGCCAUUGGCUGCAAUGAUCCUUCCAUCGAAGAGGAUUAUUCGAAAUACUGAUGUUCUUGUGGAUCAACAUUAGCCUACACUGAGUAGAAUCUGAAUUAUUAUCACAAAAGCUUGUGACAAAUUCAUCAGUACCUUUUACAGUGAAUAAUCGUGAUAGAGGGUCAUUGGCGUCUGAGAAGAAGAAAUAUCAGAAGAAUUUACAAGUU